AUCUGGGCGCGUGGGUUUCUUAGUCUGGCAUAUCCUCCACAGCCUCAUGGAGCCAGAGACAGAAAGGACCAGGAGGCACCUCAAGAAAGGCAGGAAGAGGAGGCGGGCCCCGAACAGGCUGGUCGGGGCGGCUGAGGCUAAGACAGCCUGUAGGAAACUUGAGGAGAGGCAGCCCGAGGUCAAGAAAGCCUGCUUAUCUACCAUCUUAUUUGCUGAAAACUGUGAAGUAAUCCAUGCCAGAUAUGAGAUCCUUGGUUUCCAUUUUGCAGUUCUGGGCAAAUCCACUCAUAUCAUCGGGCUGCAAAAGAAACAAACAACUGGGAUUCUGUCCAAGUCGGUGGAAGGAUCUUUACUUUCUGCCAGUUCAAAAGUCAGCAUCAAUCUGCAGAAGGACCCGAUCAUCCAGAAGUAUGGCUCUAAGAAAGUGGGCUUGACUAGAUGCCUUCUCGCAAAGGAGGAAAUGAAAACAUUUUAUUUCCCAUUACAAGGUUUUCCUGACUAUGAAAACUUUAUACCUACCAAUUGUAAUGGUUUUGUAACAGACAACAGUCCUCUCUUUGGACUUGACUAUGAAAUGCUAAGUACUACUUCUGAUAGUACUUGGGUGUUCUCAGGACUCUCCCAUGCGGGCCUCUACCGGGCUCCUCUGGCUCCACUGCCACCAGUGCGCACGAGCCGCACCCGGGCUGUUCAGUUGCCGCCGCUGCAGGCUCACACAAGCCUCUCCUGGUCCCCUCUGGCACCGUUGGUGCACGUGAUCUGGUCCCGGUCCCUUCCAGCGCUGCCAUUCCUGGCAUGCGCUGCCACUCUCCCACUACUGGGCCGGUGUGUCCGGGUCCUCACCACCAGAAACCAUCUGGUAACUAUUGAAGCCAGCCUGGACAAUGGGAAUGGCAAAGCCACUGUCUAUGGAAGCAGACAACACCACUUGAGUUGGUUUUUAUUGGAUUUUUUUCUGGGUUGCGUUUUUUUAACUUCAAUGCUUUGCAAGAAAUUAGAUUAUUUUUACCACUUUAUUUUCUUCAAGAUUGCCAAAUUGAAUCUGGAGGCACUAGCUAGUCACCAGGAACUUCAAGCAGCAGGCCCAGAGCCAAGAAAUACAGCAGAAUCAGUUUUGUAACCAAACACAAGUGUUUUAGAGUGCUUAGACUAGGGUCAGAAUCUCCUUUUCUUGACCUGGGAGGCAGAUGCUAGUGAACUUUCUUCUUCCAGAAACUGUCAAACUAUUAAGUGCCUUUCAAAUAAAGAGGUUCUUGACAAGGCCUGAGUGAAAAUUCCAUUUCCCUUCAGCAUUGUCUAGUUCUCUUUUGGACUCUCUUCACCCACCCUCACUGAGGAGAUGAAGAAAAGGAUGAGGAUCAAGUGGGCGGAGAUGUCAACUGUCCAUGUUGGGCCAUUUAGCAAAAAUUACAACCUCAGGGCUUUGAAGAGGCUGUUUAAGAACUUUGGCCCAGUCCAGUCAAUGACUCUUGUUCUUGAAACCAUACAGCCACAUCUCUGUAUUGAAGUCCUGGAAGCUGCCCAGCUGGCCAUAGAGUCCAUGGAUGGCAUUCUAGUAGAAGGUGCCUGCAUCAAGGUGCAGAGGCCUGUGACAGAGCUCACCUGUGACACUCUUUGGAAUGAGCUGGAACAAGAUUCCAAGAAUCAAGGUACUAUAUACCUGUCUGGAGUGAGCAAAAACUUCAGAGAACACCUGCUGUAGCAGUCCAACCUCAUCCUUGGCCUGGAGGCUGUGAUCUUGCCUAAACAGCUUGAAAGUGAAAAGCAGAAAAAAUAUUGUUUCCUGAAAUUCAAAACUUUUGGCAGUGCCUAUAGGGCCCUCAACAUUCUCAUAGGCAAGGACUGGAAGCUGAAAGGCAGGCGUGCCCUAACCCCCAGGCACCUCUGCACAGGGCUCAGGGACUUACCUCAAUCAAGAAGGCCCCCAGGGGUUCGUGUCAUACCUCCCCCCUGGGAGCAGCUAGCCUUCCAGACUCUGAAGGUGGACCACCCAAAGGUAGUAGCCUGGCGCUGGGGUCGGAAGAUAGAAAAGCUCUACCACAGCCUGUGCCCAGGGACCCUCUGCCUCAUCCUGCUGCCAGGAACCAAGAGCACUCAUGGAUCACCACCCUCUAGCCUAGGACUGAUGGGAAUAAAAGAAGAGGAUAGUGCCACCCCAAACCUGUGUUUAUGAGUCGGCCUGCCACUUUCAUGUGCCAUUUCUUAUCCCUCUGUGCAAUAGCAGAAAAUGUGGUUAGGCUGCCAGGCCUUUCUAUUCCAGCAGACAGGUGGAAAUGGUGUACCAGCUAGCGUCUAGUCCAUUUAUAUGGCACAUACAAAAUUUCAAUAAAUGCUUAAAAUUCAAGCUUUCCUCAUCUUAAGACAGAGAGGAGGAAACCACAGUUUGUACUUUCUUUGUGUCAGUGGGUUUAUACUCAGGCACAUGGCAGGUGCUCAUUCCAUGUAGCACUCCUAUUAAAUGGUGUAAUACACAGGUAAGGAAAUCAGGAGGAGUGACUUCUUCCCCUAGGUGUACUGCCAACCAGCCAUUGUGCAGUGUGUAAAAACUAUCUAAUCUGAAGCAAAUUUCUGGUAAGGCAAACUUUUCUCAAUGACAGCUAUUAUAAAACUGAAGGAAAGAGAUAGGCUAAACUGAAAAUCUGGCAGGUCCACCAGACAGAGGACUGGAAGACUCAGUUUUUUCCCAACACUCCAGUAUAUUUUGUUUGUUUGUCUUAAUCAGCAUAAAAUGCUUUAAUAAUUAGAAAGGUACUUAAAAGUAACCCUCAAAAGUUUGGGCAUUUGAGGCAAUGUUUAAUCCUUUAAGUGUAACUGCUUUAAGAUCUGGCCCUAUGUGAAAGCUGGGAACCAGGAGCUAGAACCAAAGGGCUUAGUUUGGGAUUGAGACACUGCAAGUCCCCCUUCCCGUUCCAUUUUUAGAAAUGGUUCCUUUCCUUCAGUGAGACUGCAGUACCACCUUUCACCAGUAGGUGCCUCCAUCACACCAGAUCUCCCCCUCAGAACUAGAAGCUUGAAUUUCAAAAAAAGCCAGUGCGGUUUUUUUUUUUUAUCAGCUCUCAAACUGUAUAUUCCAUGUUGAAAAGGACCCGGGCACACACAAUCCCCAAACUGAUACAUAUUAGCUGCCCUCAAGAAAAGAUUAACUAAUCUGGCAGUGUAUAUUGCACCAAAAAACCUUGUAAAAUAGCUCUAUACUCUGGCACCCAGCAAUUCUACUUAUAAAAUAUUUUACAGUAA